UCAGCCCUGCCAGCCUCACAGCCAAACUGACGUGUUUUGCGCAUUUCCUGCACCGUCGUCCAGAGCGAGAGAGAGAGAGGGAGCUCUGUAGGGGGAGGCAGAGCAAAGAGGAGGUAGAUCCACAGCACACACAGGAAGUCAAAGCUCCAGCCGCAACAGGGGACACAUAGAGACACCGAGGAGAGACGAUAGAUUAAAAUAUAAGAAGCCAGUAAGCCAUCACAGCAGCGGGGUGUUGCUCCUGUUGGAUCCCGGGUCCCGUUCGUGCAGCUCGGCGAGACAUUCCAGAUGUCCCACGGCUGAGGAGGCGGCCGGAGCCUCCCACACAGCCUGCGACCAGACAUAACGGACUGGCUUUGAUUUCUCGGAGGUAAAAGCCCCCUAAAGCAAUCGUAGCCUGGUCCUAUUGUCCGUCAUAUAAAGGAUUUAGUGUAUGAAGCUGUUGGUAUUUGGACCCAAUGGACGUGUCUGCUUCCUGCGAUUCGUUUUCUCCAAGUCCUCCAGAGGCGGUGGGCUGCACGUCGCUGCGUCUCCACUGUUGUUGUGGAUGGGCGGACGCGAGCUUGAUCGGGCUGUAUGGAAUAUGAAUAAAGCCCCACGUCGCAUAUCUUGUCAGUGCACAUCGUUGAAGGACACUUGCAUAGCAAAUCAGAGCAAAUCGCCUAACUUAUUGUGUUUGUUUACUUUAUGCCGUUCUCUUAUCCAGCUGUGGUGUCGGAUUGAGUGAGCCAGAGGAUCUCACGCUCUGCUGUCCAUUCAGCUGGAAGGAAUAUACAGUGAGCCUGCAGAGGACCGGCGGUCGGAACAGUCGUGCUAUUCAUACCUUGGCCUAGGAGAGCAAAGGACACGAUCCGCUCCAAGCGCACCAGUUGCAUCACACAUCCAUAUUCUCCUCCUCCUCCUUCUACUCCUUGCCGGUGGAUUGAAACAGGCGGAUUUUUUUAUAUUGUUAACUAAACAACCGUGUUGUGUUGUUUCAUCUGAACUACCAUGGUGGUUUUUAAUGGGUUACUGAAGAUCAAGAUCCGGGAGGCGUUGGACCUCAAACCUACAGCUUGGUCCCUGCGACAUGCCGUUGGUCCUAAGACGCAGACGUUCAUGUUGGACACCUAUAUCGCUCUGAACGUGGACGACUCCAGAGUGGGCCAGACGUCCACCAAGCAGAAGACCAACAGCCCGGCGUGGAACGACGAGUUCAAGACCGAGGUCUGCGAGGGGAGGAAAAUAGAGCUGUCGGUUUUCCACGACGCGCCCAUUGGUUAUGACGACUUCGUGGCCAAUUGUACAAUACAGUUUGAAGACAUCCUGCACAAUGGGAGCAAACACUUCGAAGACUGGAUCGACUUGGAGCCAGAGGGGAAGGUGUACGUGGUCAUUGACCUCUCCGGUUCCUCCAGCGAAGCGGCGGCAGUCUCCAGUGAGAAUGAGGAGCGUGUGUUCCGGGAGCGCAUGCGGCCCAGGAAAAGACAGGGGGCCGUGCGGCGGAGGGUCCACCAGGUCAACGGACACAAGUUCAUGGCCACCUACCUCCGCCAGCCCACCUACUGCUCCCACUGCAGGGACUUCAUCUGGGGAGUCAUCGGAAAGCAGGGCUACCAGUGUCAAGUGUGCACGUGCGUGGUCCAUAAGCGCUGCCAUGAGCUGAUCAUCACCAAGUGCGCUGGGAUGAAGAAACAGGAGGUCACUGAGGAGGAGCCCGUUGGUUCCCAGAGGUUCAGUGUGAACAUGCCCCACAAGUUCAGCAUCCACAACUUCAAGGUGCUCACCUUCUGCGAUCACUGUGGCUCUCUGCUCUGGGGUCUGCUGCGACAGGGCCUCCAGUGUAAAGUAUGUAAAGUGAACGUACACAGGCGCUGUGAGAGCAACGUUGCGCCCAACUGCGGCGUGGACGCCAGGGGCAUCGCCAAAGUGCUCUCUGACCUUGGGGUGACCCCAGACAAGAUCUCCAGUAGUGCCGCUCGACGGAAAAAGCUUCAUCAAGGACAGGACUCCCAGCAGCCACUGCCCAUCAGCCCACAGACAGUAGAGGACCGCUCCCGGUCCGCCCCCACGUCUCCAUGUGACCCGGCAGACCUGAAGGAGUUGGAGAACAUCCGGAAAGCCUUAUCCCUUGACCACCGCGGCCCCGAACACAAGAAGCAUCCAGUCGCUCUCACUUCCUCCGUUCCCACGGCAACGAGCGACCAUGGGGGAGGAGGAGGCGGAGUUGGCUGCGGCGAGACUGGGGGCGAAGGCAAGGAGAACGGAGAGGUUAAAGGUCACGACGCCCCAGAGAUCAAGAGGAUGGCCCUUAAGGAUUUUCGGUUUAUCAAAGUCCUUGGAAAGGGUAGCUUUGGAAAGGUGAUGCUGGCGGAGCAGAAGGGGAGUGACGAGGUGUUCGCGGUGAAGGUGCUGAAGAAGGACGUGAUCCUGCAGGACGACGAUGUGGACUGCACCCUGACCGAGAAACGCAUCCUGGCCCUGGCCCGCAAACACCCCUACCUCACCCAGCUGUACUGCUGCUUCCAGACCAGGGACAGGUUGUUCUUUGUGAUGGAGUACGUGAACGGAGGCGACCUGAUGUUCCAGAUCCAGAGGUCCAGGAAGUUCGACGAGGCCCGCUCCCGCUUCUACGCCGCCGAGGUCACGUCGGCCCUGAUGUUCCUCCACCGCAACGGGGUCAUCUACAGAGACCUGAAGCUGGACAACAUCCUGCUCGACGCAGAGGGCCACUGUAAGCUGGCCGACUUCGGCAUGUGCAAGGAGGGUAUCCUGGAUGGGGUCACCACCGCCACCUUCUGCGGCACACCAGACUACAUUGCACCCGAGAUCCUCCAGGAGCUGGACUACGGCCCCUCAGUGGACUGGUGGGCCCUUGGGGUCCUGAUGUACGAGAUGAUGGCGGGCCAGCCCCCCUUUGAGGCGGACAAUGAGGACGACCUGUUUGAGUCCAUCCUCCACGACGACGUGCUGUACCCCGUGUGGCUGGGCAAGGAGGCCGUGUCCAUCCUCAAGGCGUUCAUGACCAAGAGUCCCACCAAGCGGCUGGGCUGCGUGCUGGCUCACGGGCUGGAGGACGCCAUCAAACUGCACCCCUUCUUCAAAGAGAUAGACUGGACCCUGCUGGAGCAGAGAAAAGUCAGGCCCCCCUUUAAACCACGUAUCAAAACCAAAAGGGACGUGAACAACUUUGACCAGGACUUCACGCGAGAGGACCCGGUUCUGACGCCCGUGGAAGACGCCAUCAUCAAGCAGAUCAACCAAGACGAGUUUAAGGGCUUCUCCUACUUCGGAGAGGAAGCUCUGGCAUAGAUGCUUGCCUGCCACACACAGACACAUGCUCACACACAUGCAUCAAGACUCACACACAGACACAGACGCACAAACACACAUAAACACAUGCACCCUAACACUCACACACAAACCCAUGCAAACACACACACACACACACACACACACCUAUUUGUACACAGACAUGCAAACACGAACAAACAAACACAAUAAAUCCCACUUACGCACACACAUGCAGUGUCCCUGAAACAGUGCUGAAGGAAGCAACACAGACCUCUGAAAUGAGACGUCUUUCAAUCCAGGAAUCAAGACUAUCAAGACAGGAAUCAAGACAGAGACUAGUCAGGUCUCCGUGAGGCCUGACUAGUCUCUGUAUAGCCCAAGCAGCCCCCCCCCUCCUCUUCCUCCUCCUCCUUCUCAUAUGUGGUGAGAAUAUCUCAUCAUCUUUAUCCAUUCAUUUUUUGAGACAUCAUGAGGGAGAGAGAGAGAGAGAGACACACACAUACACACACAGUGAGAGAGAGAGAGAGAGAGAGAGAGAGAGAGAGAGAGAGAGAGAGAGAGAGAGAGAGAGAGAGAGAGAGAGAGAGAGA